AUGCACCUCCAAAUGACAUCGGGAGACAUCCGUGAUGCUGCAUUCAUCGACGAGCACGGACAUGCGCUUUACCGCACCUCCACGCCACACCACUUUUUCGACACGGGCACAACGUCGAUCACCAAGGCGCUUCCGCCGAACAAGAAGCACGGCUCCGCAACAACCGAGAUCGCGCAGAUUGAAUGGGAGUGGUUCCGUCAGGCCGAGUUCCAUAUCAACGGACAAACAAUCGAUGCGAAGGACUUCAUGCAGUCGAGUGGAAUCCUGUUCUCUAAGGACUAUACCUUCUCUGCCCCGGAUGGGCGGAGUUACCGCUGGUCGACGCAUCUGUCUUCCUGUCGCCUAGAGGCCUUCGACGGGUCAACCAUUGCAGAAGGUAGUGGAGGGAGUAGCGGGCUCCUCGGAACCAUGACAGAAGGGUUCCUCGAUAUAUCUCCUGGUGGAUACCACAUUCUCGACGCGAUCAUUAUUACGUUCGCGUUUGUUGAAGGUGAUAAGCAGCGCAAGAAAAGGGCUGCGAGAAGGGCUGCCUGA